CAUAUUCUAUAAGAGGAAAAUCUGGUUAUCAUUUUGCAAGGAAUGCAUAAUUCACACAUGAAAGAUAGGGGCAUUUGAGUAGUUUCACUAGCUUAAUCACUUCUAUAUAAGCCAUCUGAGCUUGCAAACGUAGCCCAUCAAGCAAAUCAGUAGCUCAAGGAGUGAGUACAAGAAAAUGUCUCCAAAAUUGAUCGUUUUGUUAGCUAUUUUCUCCCUCCAAUGCCUCUUGGCAUUGGCCUCUGACCCAGAUCCAGUUCAAGACUUUUGCAUACCCAACCCCAAGUAUGGUGCCAUAAGAACUGCUAGGUUCACUAUCCUCCCAUGCAAAAAUUCAUCUGAAGCAACCACCGAUGACUUUGUCUUCUCCGGCAUGAAAUCUGCUGGUAACUUCUCAGAGACAGGCCUUGCAACCAUUCCUGUGAACCCAGCAAAUUUUCCUGGCCUUAACACGCUAGGCAUGUCAUUUGUCAGAGCUGACCUUAAGGCUGGUGCUAUUAAUCCACCACAUUUUCAUCCCAGGGCAACCGAGAUCACUCAUGUGGUGCAAGGAAGUGUUUAUUCAGGUUUCGUUGAUUCUAGCAAUAGGGUUUUUGCCAGAGUUCUUGAGCAAGGAGAUGUCAUGAUUUUCCCCAGAGGUUUAGCGCACUUCCAAAUGAAUGUUGGUGAUAAGCCUUCAACAGUUUUUGGAAGUUUCAAUGGCCAAAACCCAGGAAGCCAAAAGAUCCCAACUGCCAUUUUCGGUUCUGGGAUUGAUGAUGAGCUCUUGGAAAAGGCUUUCGGAUUGAGUCCUAAGCAAAUUGGAAUGCUGAAAAGAAGGUUUGAUCCCAAAAGGGUAAGUUGAGGCAUGAAACAUGCAUAAGGUUUUCUCGGUCAGCUUGCAACAAUAUGAGAUCUUGUUCGUUUGUUUGUCCUAUAUAUGAAAUCAUGGCUUUUUUUUUUGGAGUCAAUAGUAGUUUAAGAAAUGAAGCUGAUGUUUGGUUGUUUUGUGUAUAAAAUUCUAUCUUCUAUGUAUUUGCCAGACUAAAUUGAUAAUUAUUUGAA